AUGCAGCACCUAUACCACAUCACAAACCAACUAGGGGCGAUCGUCGGUGACGAUGCAGACCGACCUGGCGCCCACACUGCCGUCCUCGUGUGUGACCAUUCUACAGACGUAUGGGCGUACGCAACUCGAUCACGUCAUCAGCCGUCGGUGCACCGCAUCGACGCGAUGGCCGCGGCGACAGGUGAAUGUCUCACGCCGGAAGAAUACGCUUACAGACUGGCUGCUGUGGCAAUGACUGCCUGGCGCCAUCGCCGCGCCAAACUUGCGCGGACAGGCGGCGCCACAGGUACUGCGGCCCGCUAUGGACGCUCCCCCCAUCGCUUCGCUGAUACCCACAGCCUCCAGGACAAUACCUCUUUGAGCGAAGCAAUCAGGACAAGUGCACGGGCCAGUAGUACUCGCCAAGCCACGCUCACUGCGUCCGACAACGAUGAUCGAUCGGAUAUUGAUUCCGACGAUAGCGAAGGGCCCAUGCUCGUUGAAUGCGAUGAUGGCCGCCUCCUUAUAUACCCCAUGCCGUCGCGCAAAGUUGGACGUGAUGAUCUCCGCCGACCGCAACGGUUGCGGCUUCUGCCGCCUUCGCAGCAGGCAUCGCGGCGGUCCUCAUUUGCGCGGAGAAGCCGGUCCCUGUCGGGGGAUGCAGCUCCAGCGAAAAGCACUCUCACUCAGCUGCGCUCUACAGCGGCCGAUGACCAUGGAGAUACGGCCUGGUCUACCGAAGACGAGACGGACCGAGAUUCACUGCGCUCGGACAGUGCCACCAAAAUUGAUUCGUUGUCGCCUCUCCUUCUUGUGCUCAAUGCCGAUACAACAGCCUGGUAUACACUAUUACAGCAAGCCCGCACUUUUGCCGAACUCUGCACAUGCCGCGCGUCGUCCUGCAAGGACGCGACGGACGUCUUAGCUAAGACACGCGGGGUAUCAGGCUCGGGUAAAUCAGAAACAGGACACGCCCUUGCGCAGGCACUCCACGCCCCCUUUCUCGAUGCAGAUGACUUGCAUGCCCCAGAGGCCAUUGAAGCCAUGGCUAGAGGCAUACCCCUCACAGACACCGACCGUGGACCGUGGCUCGUUCGCGUACGCAGCGCCGUGGAUGCGCUCUGCCAGGAAGGGCAGCUAGAUACCAUUAUCGUAGCAUGCUCGGCGCUCAGGCAGGCGUACCGAGACGUGCUCCGAGAUACCCGCACGGCCGACGUGCUCUUUGUCUACCUGGCAGUAGAGCGGUCCGUGCUCGAAUCGCGCCUUGCAGUGCGCCAGGGGCACUUUAUGAAAGCGGAGCUCCUUUCAUCGCAGCUCGCUACGCUAGAGCUGCCCGCCGAUGAGCCGCAAAUCCUCACUGUGCCUGUCCAGCGCGAUACAUCGCUAGAGGAGGUCGUGCAAGACAUCUUGACGCGGCUGCGCUAA